AUGAAGAACGCGUCAACAAUCUGCUUACAUCGAGCUACGCCGAGCGCGCGACCACGCCACCUAGCGAGCGGACGUGGUACCUACCUCACUUCGCGGUCUGCAAUCCAGAGAAGCCGAAGACUGGUCCAUGACGCAGCGGCCACCUCACACGGCCGCAGCCUCAACGACAUGCUGCACGCGGGCCCAGAUUUCCUGCAAUCGCUACCCGGCGUCAUCAUGAAGUUUAGACAACACAGCAUCGCAGUCUCAGCUGACCUGAAAGAGAUGUUCAUGCAGAUCAAGAUACGCGAAGAGGACAGGGACGCCCUACGCUUCCUGUGGCGGGGCGACCGCCGCGACGGGGAACCAGAAGAGUACCGCAUGACGUCCGUCAUAUUCGGCGCGUCGUCAUCGCCGUGCACUGCCCUAUACAUAAAAAAUAGGAAUGCACGAGAACACGCCACUCAGUACCCGGAGGCUGCGCGAGCGAUCGAGCGAAAUCACUACAUGGACGACUAUCUGCAAAGCUUCAACACAAUAGAAGAGGCAAGACAAGUUACCAGAGACGUCGACUACGUGCACAAGCAAGCCCAGUUUCAACUGCGUGGGUGGGCCACAAACAAAAAAGAAGCAAUAAGUGACGUCGCGGACUCCGAAGAGCGAGAGGGAAGUACUGUCCCCAUCGGCGGGAGCGAGAUAGAAAAAACGCUCGGCCUGCUAUGGGACACGAACGAAGACAGUAUACGCUUUCGACUCAACACAAGAAGAGCUCAGCCAGAAGUGAUCGACGACCGCCGGCCUCCGACGAAAAGGGAAGCACUCAGCAUCAUAAUGUCGAUAUUUGACCCACUCGGCCUCAUAUCGCCCAUUACGACGCCGGCCAAGCGAAUCAUGCAAGAUACGUGGCAACAUAGCACGGGCUGGGACGAGACUAUACCGGAGGAGCUGCGCGCGCGUUGGAGUGACUGGCUACAACAAUUGCGAGACCUAGGUACCCUAAAAAUACCUAGGUGUUACGACGCUACGCCCGCCGCCGCCCGCGAGCUACACACGUUCGUCGACGCGAGUGAGGAAGCCUACGCCGCCGCAGUGUACUGGAGGAUGACGCGGGCCGACGGCUCAGUGAAAAUAGCCCUAGCCGCCGCCAAAAGCCGCGUCACACCUAGGAAGCCUAUCUCCAUACCUAGACUGGAGCUACAGGCGGCCGUCCUAGGCGUACGGCUAGCAAACACAGUGUUAGAAGAGCACGACUUCGAGAUCGCUUCGAAAACAUACUGGAGCGACUCCCGCACGGCGCUAGCAUGGAUACGCGCCGAGCCCCGCACAUUCAAGACGUUCGUGGCCCACAGACUCGCCGAGAUAGAAGAUCACACUAAGAAGAACGAGUGGCGAUGGGUACCGACAGCACACAACGUAGCCGACGACGCGACCCGCGCCACACCAGCUGACUUCGAUACGAGCCACAGAUGGUUCGUAGGCCCGUCCUUUCUGUACGAGCAAGAAGAGACCUGGCCCCGUGAGAAUAAGGUCGAAGUUCCCGUGACCGGUGAAGAAAAAGAAACGUGCGCCGCUGCAGUUACAGUGCCUCAAGAUAAACACGCGGCGAUACCUAAGUUCGAGCGCUUCUCUAAGUGGACGCGGCUAGUACGAGCGACCGCGCGCGUGCUACAGUUCAUCGACCUCGCGCGCCCGCGACCCAGUGAACCCGCCCGGCCCGCGACACAACUUAUCGCGGCCGCCAGGCGCAAACGGACGCGCGCGAAUGAGACGCAAGAUGGAGCCUGGAACAAGCGCACGACACAUACACGCGUGCCCGCCAGACCUGCCGCUGCACAGCCACAAGAAGAAAAGAAGUACUUAGUGUUAGAAGCUAAAUACCUAAACGACGCCGAGAAGCUGUUAGUGCGCGCCUCGCAAGAAGAUAGCUACGAGAAAGAGAGAGGGCGCAUAGCGAGCGACCGCGCGCCAGACAAGGACGACCGACUAGCCAAGCUGAGUGUUUACCUAGAUGAAGAUCGCAUUAUACGCCUACGAGGGAGAAUAGCGGCCGGCGAUAUUCAAGAGGAAACGGUGCGACCUAUAGUGCUACACGGGAAACAUCAUUAUACAAAAUUGUAUGUUUCGCACGUGCACGAGCAGCUACAUCACGGCGGCACCGAGAUAGUGGUCAACGAGCUACGACAGCGGGUACAUAUAGUGAAAAUACGGCCGACAGUGAAACAAGUGAUCGCCCAGUGCCCGAGGUGUCGAUUGCGGCGCGCGAAGCCCGCAGCCCCGUCGACCGGCGACCUACCGGCGGCGCGCCUAGCCCAUCACGUUAGGCCCUUUACGUUUACGGGCCUAGACUACUACGGGCCGCAAGAAGUGACAGUAGGCCGCCAUAGAGAAAAAAGGUACGUCGCGCUGUUCACCUGUUUGACGUCGAGGGCCGUACACCUGGAGAUGGUCGUCUCGCUGAGGACCGACUCAGCCAUCAACGCACUGCGCCGCUUCAUUGCCCGGCGCGGGUGCCCCACCGAACUAUGGAGUGACAACGGCACCGCCUUCCGAGGAGCCCACUGCGAGCUGACGGAGGCCAUGAGGGACGCCGCCCACGCGCGCCGCAUUAACUGGCGCUUCCUGCCCCCCGCCGCCCCAUUCAUGGCGGGCGUGUGGGAACGCAUGGUGCGCACGGUGAAGGAGGCCAUGAAGGCCACGCUGCACGAGAAGUACCCGAGCGACGAGACCCUGCAGACCCUGCUCGCCGAGGCGGAAGCGACCGUCAACUCCAGGCCCCUCACCUAUGUGGCCGUGGACCCCGAGGACCCGCCGGCCCUGACUCCGAACAUGAUCCUGCUCGGGCCAGACUGCUACUCACCUGCGCCUGGCACCUUUGAAGAGAGCGACACGAGCGCGCGACAACACUGGAAGCGCGCCCAGCAGCUGGCCGACACCUUCUGGCAGCGCUGGGUCCGCGAGUACGCGCCGCUACUCCAACACCGGCGGGAGCCCUACGAAGGCGGAGUUCCCCCGGCCGUCGGCGACGUCGUCAUCAUAUGCGACAACAACCUCCCCCGCAACACAUGGCCGCGUGGGAUAGUAACGAAGACGUACCCGGGCAAGGAUGGCGUAGUACGAGUCGUCGACGUCACCACCAGCCGGGGACACGUGCUGAGGCGGCCUACCAAGAAGAUCGUCGUGCUACCAGUAGGAUCGCAAGGCGACGGCGGGAGAAAUGUACACGACGCGGUAUAA